AACCUACUACACAAAAAAAGCAAACGAAACAGCAUUAGUUAUAGGAAAAACGUAAGUACUAAGUUAAAUGUUCAUUUCACCUUCACUAAGCUCUCAAGCCUGCAUUUUGUCCAGAACAUUUUUGUGUUUUAUUGUCUUACAACUUUGUAAUGGAACCUUUUGAUAGGAGAUGACAGAAAAUAAAGAUACAAAUUUUUGCUGCUAUAUUUCUGCAUAGUUUAGUUGUCUGACUUGGAGGUUUGACAAAGUAGAAUAACCUACAUUUAUAUGCUCUUCAUUUUUCUUAUCUUCAUUCACUUUCCAUUGAGGCCAAGACGGAUGUUUAUGUCACACAGUUUGACCCUCUUGGCAUCCAAUCAAAUGUCACCUCAUUUUUAAGCUGUUGUCUGCUCUUUCGCUGUGCUCAGUUCUCAAAACCUCUGAGAAGAUGCACCUGUAUACGAUCCUCUUAGGAGUAUUUCAUCUGUCAGCGGUGAUUCAGUCGUCGGCACUCAAGCAGGACACUGGGGUUAUAUCUGCUCGUGUUGGGGACAAUGUGACGUUACAUUGCUUCUAUGACAGCCAAGUGGCGAUGCACUUCUCCUGGUACCGACAAACCUUAGGAAGUGGACCUGAACUUCUGUCUAGUAUUUACAAAUAUGAUAAACUAUCCACAGUCUCCCGCUGGAUGGAGAAGAACCCUCGUUUCUCUGUGCAAAGGAAGGAAGGGAUGAAUCAUCUCCACAUCUCUGACGUUCACUUAUCAGAUUCAGCUACGUACUACUGUGGAAGCUCACACUCCAACAUAGUGGACUUUGGAGAGGGAGUCUUUCUUAGUGUAAAAGGAGUCAACAUCAAGGAAAUAGUCCAGGGGCCAACAUCUGAGACAAUCCUGAAAGGAGGCUCUGUGACUUUCAACUGUACAGCACGCGUUGGGACCUGCGAUGGAGAACACCGUGUUUACUGGUUUCGACAUGGAUCUCGCCAAGCAGUCCUUCACGCGCUCGGGGAUGGGUGUAAACAAGUCUCCACAUCAGGGCCUCCUUCACUGAACUGUGUCUACCAUUUGCAGAAGAUGAACCUGAGCUCCUCUGAUGCUGGAACCUACUACUGUGCUGUGGCCUCGUGUGGGGAGAUACUGUUCGGUAAUGGAAGCAAGCUGCUCAUCAAAGAUGAUGUUGAAGACCAAGAGGCACAGAUUACAAUCUUAGUCUGGCUCUCCAUAAUCAGAACCGGGCUUCUCUUAUUCUUUUUAACUAUUUGCUUCUUAUUUCACAUCACCAAACGCGGGUGA